UGCCGCUUCCUCCUGUCUUUCGAGCUGCCGCUGUGUAAGGGGGCGACGCGGUAGACGGACGGCGAAGCGGGGUCGCCGGCGUCCCUCCACAUCCCGCCUGCGCUGCGCCCUAACGGGGGAGGAAUGAAUCGGAACCAUCGAAAUGAGUUGCACAAUUGAGAAGGCCCUAGCUGAUGCAAAAGCAUUAGUGGAGCGACUAAGAGAGCAUGACAGUGCAGCAGAAGCUCUCAUUGAACAAACUACAGAUCUCAACAAACGAGUGGAAGCUAUGAAACAGUACCAGGAAGAAAUUCAAGAACUUAAUGAAGUAGCAAGACAUAGGCCUCGCUCUUCCCUGGUCUUAGGUAUCCAGCAGGAAAAUAGACAGAUCAGAGAACUGCAACAAGAAAAUAAAGAACUCCGUACGUCUCUUGAAGAACAUCAGUGUGCCUUGGAGCUAAUAAUGAGCAAAUAUAGAGAGCAGAUGUUUAGAUUGCUCAUGGCCAGCAAAAAAGAUGAUCCAGGUAUAAUAAUGAAGUUAAAGGAGCAGCACUCCAAGGAACUACAAGUGCAUGUGGACCAAAUCACAGAAAUGGCAGCAGUAAUGCGAAAAGCCAUUGAAAUUGAUGAGCAGCAAGGUUGCAAAGAACAAGAACGUAUUUUUCAGCUUGAGCAGGAAAACAAAGGACUGAGAGAAAUAUUGCAGAUAACCAGAGAAUCGUUCCUGAAUCUCAAAGAAGAUGCAUCAGAAAGUACAUCUCUGUCAGCACUAGUAACAAACAGUGAUUUGAGUCUGAGAAAAAAUUGAAGAUCUUACAAAGAUGGUCUGUCAUCAGAGCAAAAAGUAUCAGACUUCCCUUAUCAAAGCAGCAGUUUCCUAAUGGGCAUUGAGAAAUUAAUAUAUCCUAAAUCCAGUUGAGUUUGAUACUUUUACACCACAUAUAAUAAUGCUCAGCGAUUGGUGGAGGAAAAUAAGUCAUUCAAAGUACAGUCAUGUACAGUAACUGAUCAGCCCCAAUGCACAUUCACUGUAUCGCUGAUCUUAAUCCAUUGCUAUCCUGAAUUAGAGAGAGGUGGUUUUGCAAGAGUUAAGUUGUAGAGCAUUGCUAGGGUAACACUUGAAACACUCUUUCAUAUGGGCAGGAACUUCAUUUUUAAAUAGAAUUAAUUCCACAAGAACAUUAAAUAGCACCUUUUAAAAAAGGUUACUUCAUAUGGGAAGAUGUCGGGGCUGGUGAGAAAUUUGCUGGCAUUUGUUGUCAGUAUUAUGUAUUUUUAGCUCUUCUCAAAACUUACAGAACUAAUAAAAGAUGAGUUAAGAUAAGUCAAUAAGCAAUAACAGUUGGGAGAAUUUUUGUACACUUGAGUAUGCUUCUGAAAUUUAUUCUUUUACAACUAGUAAUUGAUGGGAGCUACUAUAGUAAAAUUACAAAAAAAUUGUUUAGAUCCCUAUGAAAUUAACAGAUUCUGCAUCAUGUUUUCAGUUAGCAUAAACUUUCAGUAAAUCAAGAUACUCAUGAACUUGUAUAUAAAUAACUUAAGGUUCAUACAUGCUUUCUUGUGAGAUACCCUGAAUUAAAAAACACUUAUAAAAUGCUUGAGAGUCUUUUAGAAUAUUUUUGGAGAUAAAAGUUAUCUGCUUAAAUAACGUAAAAUGCGUCAUGUUGAUAGCUAAAGCAUUGAGGUUUGGCAGUAUUCCAUGUGCCCAAUGGGUUUGAUGCCCUUCUCCCUUUUUUAUCCUAGCCAAUGAAACAUCAUAGCCCUUUUGAAAAGCCAUCUCUGAGAAUUUCCAGAACGGUGUACAAGGGAGUUGAAUAUCUACCCGUUGAAAGAAACGAUAAAUUAUCUUUCCUAAUUUGCCUUCCAUAUGUGUAGGAUUCUUGGGAAUUAAGGCUGAAUAUAAAAAUGUCUCAUAAGAAUAAAUCUUAACCUCAGAUUUUAAUAGGUAACUUUUCAAAAACAUACCAGGAGCCUCUGUUUUUGUAUAUCAGGGCCAGCUGUCUGGCAAAUGAGUGGUUCUGAUAUAACCACAUGGAAGAACUGGUAAAUUUGUCCUGAUAAGCUGAACUCUUGAAAAUGGGCAGAUGCAUUUUUGUAAGAAGAGAUUCUAGCCUUCAGGGAGCCCAGCUGAACAGGUAUGCUUCCAUUAGUCAUUUAUAGGCCACUUAAUUAAGCCUAAUUAGUUGCGCUUAAAUUAUUUCUAUUGGCCUACUUAUUCCAGGAAUGUACAUAAAAUUAAAAAUGGGGCGGGGGUUAAAUUCUAGAAUAUGCUUGGAAUAACACUUGUUAGUAGUACAGUUUAGGAUUAAAUUUGCAUGUAUUUAGAAUGUUUUUCCCAAGUUGUUAGAAGUUUUGUUACAGCUAUAUUCCAUCAUUAUUUAAUUCUAAUUUUGAAAUGUGGCCUACUAUUAUGCUUUUAUUGGAAAAUAUUUUUAGCAUAGUAGUUCAUUCAAACAGUAUAGUGCAUAUUUAGCCAACAAAUAUCCUUAUCUGAACUUUCGGCAUACAUUCUUGACAAUUUGACUAUCUGGCAUUCCAAUCUUAAAACACUUUCCACAGCUUAUUUAUACUAAUGUCAAUAUUUUUCAAAACAUGAGCUGCUCAAAAUAAGUUGCUAAUUUCAAUAUUCUGAUGUUUAGAUCUAUAUCGAUUCAUUAUAUACCUCAGUGAAAAGGAAUUUAUUCAUAACUUUUUCCUUUGAAAGAUGAAAGCAAACUGUAGAAAAAAGAUGUAUUAGGCUGAGCACAAGAAUUUGUAUAACAUGUUUACCUUCUUUGGACAAGAAUUUCUCAGAUGUGUAUCCCCCUUUGUAAAUUCUAAAAUAUUUUUGUAAAUAGGAGUUAACAAAAAAAUAUUUUCUUGAUAUUUGGAGUGUAAAAACUAUCUGUUGUGCACUUGAUACAGCACUGUCAAAAUGCAGUCUUCCUCAAAACCUUGCCAUGUAAACGUGGACAUCUUCAAGUUUGUGAAAUAGAUGUCAUUAACUCACCAAUAAUUAUUUAUGGAAGCAUGCUUGAAAAAAACUUGUAUGUGUAACUUAUUGUGAUUGUCUAGUUCAAACCUUAUUUGUCUGCCAAGGGGCAUACAUAGCAGUGACUUUCCUUAUGUGUGGCAUGACAAUUUUCUAUCUCAUUUUUGUAAUGCAAAUGCUUGAAAUGACCUUAUUGGUGAGAAUGCAUUCUGUACAGUAAACUUAUUUUUACCAGUAAA